GAGCGUGCUGACAGCCCCCUCCAUGAUGAGAUGUGACACCGCUGGCUUUACCCAGCAGUCACGCCCCCCCUACCCAGGGCCUGCUGGCUCAGCAGUUGCUUUUCCACUCCUGAUGUCCUUAAUCCCCAUGGAUCCUCAACCAUAACCAUGGUCACGCGGGUCGAGGUCGGCUCCAUAGCGUCCCUGACUGCAGUGCCAGGCCUCGGUGACAUUGGCAAGGAGGAGACCCUGAAGCGGACUUACUUCUGCCAGGCUGGUGACACCUCUGGGGCUCCCUCAGCCCAGAUCUUGGAAGGGAAGAGCCUGCUGAGGAGCCCGGCUCGCUUACUCCCCCUGCCGAGGCUCUCCCCCAAGCCCUUCUCCAAGGAGCAGGCCCCCCCAGAUGGGAAGCCCCCUGUGCUGUCUUUGCUGCAUAGUCUGCCCAGCCCGUGUCCUUCUGGUGGGCUCUCUGAGGAGGUGGCAGCAGAGGACCUGGACAAGAGGAUGCCCGGUUUGGUGGGGCAGGAGGCGGGUGGCGGGGAGGGACCGAGGAGAAGCUCGUCUCUGUUCACCAAAGCUGUGUUCCUGCGGCCCAGCCCCAAUGCCAUGAUUCUCUUUGAAACCACCAAAACUGGCCCCACUCUAGGAAAGGCAGUUAGUGAGGAGACGCAGGAGGCCAAGGCAGGCAUGUCUCAGGAGCCCCCUUUAGGCACCACGUCUGAGGUGGCUGCCAAGCCCGCUGUGCCCACCCGGAAGCCCCCAGGGACCCUUCCCCGACCAGCCUCCCUGCCGCAGGACACGAGGCCGGCUGCAGCCCAAGAGGCGGCAGGCCAAGGCCAGGCUUUCUCAAAGGCCAGCAGUGUGGAGGACACGGCGGGCCCUGCUUCGGAGCCCAGACCUCGCCUGAAGAGGAGGCCUGUGUCAGACAUUUUUGUCGAAGCUGUCCAGCCUCAGAAGCCGGGCCCUGGGGGAGCAACCACCGUGGGCAAAACACCGCCCACCCCUCCGGAGAAGACAUGGGUGAGGAAACCCCGGCCUUUGUCCAUGGACCUCACAGCCCCGUUUGAGAGCAAAGAGGCCUUGCUGAAGAAGGCGGCCGGUGAGGCGAGUGGAGCCAUGGUGGGCUCAAGUGCUGACCGCUGGGGCCCAGAGAGGUCCAAACUGGAGCCCAAGGUGGACAGGGAGUGUUUGGCCAAGGCAGAGCCCCCUCUUUGCAACAUGAAUUCAGACUUCCUGGCAGUGGCCAGAAAAAUGCAUGAUCAGCAGGAGAAAGUGCUUUUGAAGCAGGACACGGGCAACCCCAGGGCCCCAGGGGCUUCAGCCAGGGUGGUCCUGAGAGAUGACCUGAGUCCUUCGGAAGAGCAAGUCAAGCUGGCCCGGGAGCAUGAGAAAGCACCUGAGCCCCCUUCGUGUAGGCCAGGAAGAGACCCAGAACUCACUGAGGUCAAGGUCAGGCCAGCUGACAGAGGAGUCCAGGCCCCUGCAGGGGGCAAAUGGGCCUCCAGGGGGAGCAUGAAGAAGUGUAUCAGCCUGCUUGGGGAGGACAGCGCCAUGCCCAUGUCCUUGGCAGGGGGGCCUGGACCCCCCUUGGCCACCCCCGAUUCCCCAUCAGCAGUGGCAGAGCCCAAGAAAGGGGGUGUGAGUGUCCAGGAGCGAGUCAGAGGCUGGGCUGCUGAGAGCUCCGAGGUGAAGCCGGAGAUGAGGAGGAGGACAUUCCAGGCUCGGCCCCUGUCUACAGAUUUGACCAAAGUGUUUUCAAGUUCAGAUUCAAGCAAGGAAGUCAGAUAUGAGAAGUGUGCUGAGCUGAGUGGGGAGCUUCCUAAGGAGCUGAGAGAAAAGCCAAAGGAUGGGCCUGGUCUGGUAGAAACAUCUGCUUCAAGAAGCCCCUGGAAGCCAGGGACACUCCGGGAAAAGUCCAGGCAGACGGAGCAGAAAGACAGUUCUAACCAAGUCCCUGACAACUGUUGGGGUGAGGGUGCAGCAGGAACUCCUGACGUCACUCCAGAAGAUGAGGGAAGCUUCCAGACCGUGUGGGCCACGAUGUUUGAGCAUCACGUGGAGAAACACACUGUGUCUGACCCCACGAGACGCUGUCUCUUAGCCAUGCCCCCCAGCAAUGUGCCCCAUACACGUGUCCCAGAACCUAGGCCCAGGCUAGAGAAAGGCUCUUGGCUGGGGAAGGACUCACUGGAAACAACAAACCUCAAGAAAGACAACCCCAGGAGCUUUGACAAUCUUAAGACAGAGAAAUCGGGACAAACUGCUCUUUUGAAUGGAGAAGGUGAGUCAAGAAGGUAUCACACACCUCUCCAGGAAAAAUACCCUUUGGGUGAAAAACACAACAAGAACCCUUUCAUAAAGCACUCAGAAAAUCCUCCCACAUCCCAGAGGAUCGAGCCCAAGUAUGACAUUAUGCACACAGUGGGGGAACGUGCCCACAGCGAGGCCAUCUCAACAGCACCAGAGGAGAAAGCGGUGACCCUCCGGAGCAGCAAGUCUCGGUCCUCACUGAAGGGGAGGCACCUGUCCCAGGAAGUCACACUGGCUGAUCUGGAGUCUGGUACAGAGAGUCAGUUGGGGUCUGUCCAAAGGGCCAGUUUGAUUUGGGAAGCUCGAGGGAUGCAUGAGUCUAGUGGGCCAAAGCUUGAUUUUCGAGAGUCAAAGGAUAUGAUUGGGGGCAAUUGCCUGUCACCCAGAUGGACAGGUAGGGUGGUAGGGAGCUGGCAUAAAGCCACCACAGUGGUGAGCGAAGAGCCCCGUUCUCCUGGGACCACUUCCCUGAGGGCUGUCAAGGCUCCUGUGUGGGAGACCCAGCAUGAGGGACCGGAAGGGAAUGGACACAAGCCAGGAGUAGAAGCAAGGGGUACCCCCCAGGAGUGCUCCCUGGAUCCUCCUUCCAGGGCUAAGGUUGAGCCCUCUGAAUUCCAAGCACAAACACAUCCAGAUGUGUCUCCUAUGCAGAAAGGGACCCUUGCUGCACCUGCCAGUGAGGGUGACCAAAGGCUGGUCCAGAUGCCAGAGCCUGAAGUCAAAAUGCGGAAAGCCGGUUUGAUGGACCAGAGAAUGGACAGAUGGAGACGGCGGACUCUACCCCAUGAUGUGAAAUUUGAUGCAUUUAGUUUCCUCACCCCAAAGAACUCAUCGAAGGUGGAGGAGAGACAGUCUGAUAAUUUGACUCACACAGCUGGUGCCUUAAAAAAACCUCUACUAUCCCCCAAAAGGGUGGAGACCCAGGAGGUGAACCCAGGUGCUUCACAGGACCAGACUUUCUCAGUGGUAAAGCAACGGUCACCUGUGGAACCCAAGGCAACAUUUUUUGCAGUAACCUAUCAGAUUCCUGAUAUUCAAAAGGCAAAGGGUGUUGUUAUGUCAGGACUUGACAACUUGCUGGAACAUUCUAGAAAAAUCACUCCACCUUCCUCUCCUCAUUCUUUCACACCAACUUUGGUUUCUGUUAACCAUGAAGAGCCACUGGAGACAGUGGGCAGUAAAAACUGGACUAAGGGAAGAGUGCGUGAAAACAUAAGUGUUUCAAAAAAUCUGAAGCCAGAAGAGCGUCCAUCAUCUAUUGAGGACAAGAUUCUCGAACCUUCUAGGGAAAAAGUGAUCAAUGUGGAUGCUUUAUGGCGUCAUCCAGAAUCUGAAGAUGGCACUGGUUUUCAGAACAAUUGGAAGGAUACCGGGACCAGGAUGUUCCCCAGCAACACUGCUCCUAAAACUACCCCAACUUUGAAGAGUCAUCCAAAAGAUCUCCUGAGAAGGAGGACGGAGGUGAUCAGUGAGACGUUCCCAGGCAAGAUCAAAGAUGGCUACAGAUUGAGCGUGCUGGACAUUGAUGCACUGAUGGCUGAGUACCAGGAGCUGUCCAACAAAGUCCCCUGCAAGGCUCAGGAGCGGAAGGAGAGCCAGACUUCAGGGCCCAGCAGCUCGCCUUGGGAGAGUCCAGGCCAGCCAGGUGGGGUGGCACAGAGGAGGAGGAGCCUGAAGGACAUCUCCGAAGCAGAGGGUCUCUGGAAACAAGCCACUCCGGAAUUAAAGCACAGCUUUCCUCCUGGUUCAGACAGGCAGCCGGCAGAGACCCUGGGGGCAGUCCCGAAUACCAAAUCCAGCUCUCCUUUGUGGGCUCUGCCACACGGGGCUCCUUCUGAGAGGUAUCCAGGGGCCUCUUCUGUUCCUGCAGUCUCCAAGAAAAAAGGCUUGGGAAUUACAGAGGAAGACAAAAACGUCUUUGCCAGUAAACAUCACAGUGCAAAGUGUACAAAUGACCCAGCUGAAUUGAAGAAGCCCUUUGGUCGGGAGGAUCUGGGAGGGAGGGUCAGACUGUCACCCAAAUCACCCACUGCUGACUGGAAGAAAGGGAGCCUGAGGAAAUCCUCCGAGUGGGGAGAGGAGGGCAUUGCGGCCCAGUGGGGAGACCACCCACGUGACUGUGGCAGGUCACCCAUGGAUGUCAAGAGGGCCUGUUCAGAGAAGGGGCCCCCUGCCAUGAUUCGAGAUGGUCUGUCCAUCAUGCAUGAAGCCAGAGAGAGGAGGAGAGAGCAGCCCAAAGAGAGACACAGCCUCCCAGGGGAGAGUUCAAAGGCCAAACUGGGGUCCUCCUGGUGGGAGUCGGGGACUCCAGAUGGUCACAAGGUGCUGCCUCGGGACCUGGAGAAGGAGAAUGUCAUCCAGGACAGUGAGCACCCACCCUGGCACAUGAGCCCUGCGGCCUUGGGUCCCCGAAGAAGCCACAGCUUCUCUAAGGACAAGAGGAGUGGGCCCUUUGUGGACCAGCUGAAGCAGUGUUUCUCCAGGCGACCCCCAGAGGCCAAGGACACAGACACUCUCGUGCAUGAAGCCGACAGCCAGUAUGGGACGUGGACAGAGCAGCGUCAGAGCAGGGAGAGCUCAGCCCCUGAGUCCCCAGACAGCAGUGUCACAUCGACACAGAAACAGCCCCCCAGUAGCCGCUUGUCUUCUCUGUCCUCCCAAACGGAGCCCACCUCAGCUGGCGACCAGUAUGAAUGCUCUAAGGACCAGCAGAGCACCAGUGUGGACCGUUCCAGCACUGACCUGGAAUCUACUGAUGGAAUGGAGGGGCCACUCCCACUGGACACCUGCCCUGCAAAGAAAGUGGACGACUUCUCUUUCAUCGAUCAAACCUCAGUCCUCGACUCAAGUGCCCUCAAGACCCGGGUGCAACUCAGCAAGAGAAGCCGCCGGCGGGCUCCCAUCUCCCACUCCCUCCGGCGCAGCCGCAUCAGUGAGUCGGAGAGCAGGUCUCCUUUAGAGGAUGAGACUGACAACAAGUGGAUGUUCAAGGACUCAACCGAAGAGAAAUCGCCCAGGAAGGAGGAGUCAGAUGAGGAGGAGAAGCCAUCUAGGGCUGAGAGAACACCAGUCAGCCAUCCUCAUAGGACACCAGUGUUACCAGGAGUGGAUCCGGCAGUGUUAAAGGCUCAGCUGCACAAGAGGCCAGAGGUGGACAGUCCUGGUGAAGCCACCAACUGGGCCCCUCAGCCCAAGGCCCCCAAGUCCCCCUUCCAGCCUGGGGUGCUGAGCAGUCGCGUGCUGCCCUCCAGCGCGGAGAAGGACAAGAGGUCAGACGAGCCCUCUCCCCAGUGGCUAAAGGAGUUGAAAUCCAAGAAGAGGCAAAGCCUUUAUGAGAAUCAAGUUUGACCAGACAGGGGGCUCUGCCACGUGUCCAAUUAACAGAAGCCUUAACCAUCAGAACCUACAGAGGAGGCCGAGCUGCUGCCGCUCCUUCCUGCACCACACUUCCUUCCGUGCCUGGGCCCUUCCCGUUGGGUGGAGGACACCGUCCAGUGGCCCCCUGGCCCUGGCAAGCCCUCCCCACAUCCAGACAGGAAGACCCACGCUCUGCAAGCGUUUGCUCACCUCCCCAGACAGCACUUCUGACUGAGAAGGAAGCCAGGCUGCCCCCGAACAUCUAUGUGGGUGGUUUUGCUUUUUAUGUGAAAAUUUGCAUUUCUACCAACUAUGACACCUUCGGCACCCUCAGGAAACAGUGAGAGGCUGGACCGACUCCUUUGAUUCUGAAAAACACCUGGAUUGUGAAAGCACCUCUUCACCCCACCCCAGUGCACGUGAUUUUUGGAAGAACAUUUCCAAGGAAGAUCAAAUGGUUCCUUUCCUGCUGUAGUCUUGGUCCAAGGCAUUACCACCAGGAUGCGGGUUUUGACUGCUUUUGGGGGCAAGUUUCUUCUCUUCAAAGAAUCAGCAAUUCCACUUUUUAAACCUUCCCCAAUGCUUUGGAGAGUAUUUAUCCUUCUAGUAGGGCUAUGUGCAUAGUUGAUCUGUGUCAUUUAAUGUCACCUUUGUCUGCUUUAGAAGGCGAUAAAGCAAUAAUUCAGCCAAUUUUCUUUGAAACUUUAUAUAUAUAUAUGUUUUUACGUUAAAGGACAGGAAGAAAGAUGUGUGAAUAGUUUGUUUUGAAGUAUCCAAUCACCUCAGGUUAUCUAGUCCCUAUCUAAGCAUUUUAGGAAUUUUAAUUGUCACUCUUGCAUAUAUUUUCCUGGUUUCUCUUCAUUGGAGCUCUGAUUUCUGUGGAGCGACCUUUGUCCCUUGGCCUCAAGGGUUCCUAAACUGCAGCCCCAAUGGCAGUGCCUUUGCCACUUAACAUCAAACUUGCCCUAGGGACCUUCUCUCUUUACAGUUUUUUUUUUAAUACAACCUGGCCUGCUGGCAGUUCCAAAUUGGCCUCAGAACCAAUGCACAAAUGAGGGGUACUUUUUGUUUCUUCUCACCUCAUUUUUUCUGUGCUUGACUUCACCCACUUUUCUUGGUUCAGAUGCAAGUCUUAAUGGAAGACCUUCUUUGCAGGGGAGCCCCCAGGCAAGGGAUUCUGGGCCGAAGUGCAGGAUGGUAGAUGAUGAGGCAUUAGUCUUGCCUUACUUCUUUUUUCUUGUUAGCUAUAAACUCAUUACUGGAACUCUCCAAGACCUCUGGGGGCUUCAGAUACUCUCUGCCUGGCCCUUUGGGAAAUCCUUAGUACCAGCCUUCUCACUUCUAAAGCACAGGCUGCAACAACCAUCCCAGAUAUGCCUGGCUGGCCACAUGCCGUGCUUGGAGUUGCCAUAAUCUUUGUGCCAACCUUGCCUGGGAGACGCCCAUUGUGAGCUGCUUGGACAGUUCAUGAGGGCAGCUUGUGAUUUCUGAGGAGCCCUAGGGCUGAAUUUGCUAGCCUGAUAUGGAAGUAGGAGGCACCUGUGCCCUCCUCCUUCCUCACCCCCACUUCCCAAGAGAUCAAAGUCUUUCUUGAUAAAUCCAUUAUUUGCAAAUGGUGUCAAAACAUGCUCUGUCUCCCUGGCCACUUCUCCAAGAGUCUCCAUUCGUCUUGCCUCCUUGUACCUCCUCUUCUCUCUCUUGAAGAGUGGGUAGAGGUGGAGAGCAGUCCUGUUUUUCUCUAGGUUAAGAUGAACACCUGUGUCCUGGUGUGGGGCUGUGUUUCAGCACCAGGGACAGCACCCGCAGGGACCCGGCCCCACCUCCCCGUGGGUGGUGUGCUGGCCCUAUCUGCACCCAGCCUUGUGUCUGGGAGCCUCACACAUCUGGGUUUGGGCGCUUGGCCCUGCUUGGCCCCCUCUUCAUUCACUGCACUAGGGGUUGGUCAGUUGUCUUGGCCAUUUGGGGAUUUAAUUCUUCUAAGAACUGCUUCCAUUAACAUUUUUUAAAGAUUCAAUUAAUGUUUUAUAACAACUGCAAUGUGAUGUCUUUCCACAUCAGCGGGACCUCCCUUUAGGGGGGAGGUCUGACCACUUUUCCUGGUUGCGGUCUUCCCCUUGGGUGGGAAGGGCCCUUUGGUACCACCUCAGGCAGUAGGGAGGAAGGGACCUGCUCUUAAUAUGUUGAUACGCAGCCUGCAAAAUUCUCUCUUCUCAACUAGUUGUGUUCUAGUCCAAGAAUACCUGACAGGAAAGAAAAAAGGUCUUCCGCCUAACGUCUCACACCUUGAUCAAUUCCGUGUAGAUGAGGACAUACAAAGUCUGUCCCUGCUUUGAAAAUGACUAGGACAAGCCCAGAAAGUCUUCUUCACCUCCUUUCACUUUCUGCAACCUUAUCCCUCCAGCACCGCGAAGCAGACAAUGGCAGUGGUCAGGAGUGAUCCUCUGAAUUCAGCUUCCCAUGACCUCUGGGCCCUGUUCAUGAUCGACACAAUGAGGCCAGAAGGGGCUGGUACUCUGGAGCCUUUGCAGAGAGUUGGGCCCGUGAGUUAUUUAUUUCUCCUCUUUCUGAACUGGGGGAGCUCUUUGGGGCUAAGCAAGGGGUUGAUUGCUAGUUUCUCGAGUUUACCUGGAGCCCCCUUUGGAAAUCUGUCUUCUUUUAAACUCACUUAAAUAUGCCUUAAUAUCCGUGUGCAAUCAAGUCACCUUCCUCCCUGGGCCUUUGGCUCCCGACAGAUGAGUCUUACACAGAAUGCAAACCCCUGUGUAUGUACAGUCUCCCCGCCCCACCCUGCCCCUCUGUGCAUCAGCAUUUCGACAGCUGGUCUUUUACUUAGUCUGUAUCUUUUCCCCUCCAGUAGAUAAGCUUCUUCCUGGCCCUUUGCCUAAUGAAACAGGCUUUUGGCCUGUGAAAUUCCAUGGUGAGAUCUCAAAAAUCAGUGUUGGGGAGAAUCAGUGCCACCAGAGAAAUUCCAGUGCAAGGGAAACCUUGUGGUAUUUAGGACAUUUGGGGUUUUGAGUGAAGCUGACCUGGCAGCCGCAGGUUUUCCAGGAUUCAGAUAAAGGACAAUCCAAUAAGGAUGUUUUCCGGGGGGGGGGGUGUGUCAAGCCAAGUCAUGUGCUUUCAGUCAAAGGUAUUGUCCUUCCUGCUUCUCUAAAAGUGAGGCCAACUUUCAGGUAUCCAUCAGGAGUGAGAACAAGCAUAGGCAUAAGCCCAAGGACUUAACCCUUGGAGGCCGAGCAUGGGAUUUAGAAAAGCCCUCAGCAUGAUUUUCCUAAAGGAGCCCACAGCUCCUCUCACCCAAUGCUGAUGGCUGCCUGGUCGAGCUGUUCUUUAAAACAAUUUUUUUUUUUUUUAAAUCAUGGCUCUGGGAACUACGUGCAAAGGCAAAGUUAAUGUACCCCUCUCUCUACCGUUCAGACGUUUGAGUUGUGGCAAGUCACUGGAGUGAAGGGGAGACAUUCUGUGGCCUCUCAGUGUGCCUUCCUCCCCUCCACCAUGUGAAAACACGAAAGCCGGAGCCCCCGGCAUCAUGCUUUUGUGGGUAGGAGGGUGGUACUACCGACAUGCAGAGAAGCACUGGAAGGAGGCAGGAUGCACUCCGCGUCCACAAGGGGACACUUGCUCUGUGCCGAGGUGCCACCAGCAGUCACCCUGUUGGAAUUCCUGGCAGGCCAAGGCUCUGGAAACCUAGAACCACAAAGUGCCAGGAAGCAUGAGUGCGUCAGGUCUGCACCAGUCUGGGUCUUUUUUGUAUCUUCCCCCUUCUAGAGAUUUCUGCCCCCCCCCCUUUUUUGUUUUGUUUUGGCUUCUAGAGGCAGACGGGUAGAAAGCCAGGCCCUCUUCUUUGGAAAGUCACCUUGAGGUCUCUGGCAAGUUAACCCCUAACAGUAAUACCUCUCAGCCUGUUCCCUUUGCCAUCCCAGAAUAUCCUUAAAUAGUUGCCCUCACACCUGUCCUGUAACAUCCUCCAGGCCUCAGACUGGCAGCUUCUUGAUAAUCUCUGGUGGCAUCAUGCCAGCUAAAAACUAUGCUGUGUCUAAAGAAGAAUUUGAGCUUUUUAAUGAUCUCAUCCCACAUAGCCUUAUAGAUCUUGUAAAUAGGGGGCUCACAAAAGUAAUAUAUUGUAUUAUGGAAGAUAUUUUGUACUGUGCUGUUUCCUAAAUCCCACAAGUCCUGCACUUCCCUGAUAAUUAUGACCCUCCACAUGCUUUGUAAGAUGGGGUGGGGGGAUGGAAAUAUAUAUAAAUAUAGUAUAUAUUUUCCUAACCUGCCUUCAGGGUUCUUCCUCAGAUAUCUGAGUCAUGAUAGAGGAAGGACUCGAGUUCAGCGUGUAGCAAAGUUAAGCUUCCAGACUGCAGUGUUCUUACAAUUGCCUUAUGAAUUCAUAAGCCCUAGGAGUUCUGAAUGGAAGGCAGAAGAGAGGCACUUUAUCCAAUCCCAGAAAAAAAUCUCUAACCGUGUUCAUCUUGAAAAACUUAUAUUUUUAAUGUAAAAAAUGGGGGCUUCGGGACCUCACAGAGUAUUGGAUGUCGACAAGUGCUUUUAUAUUUUGUAUAAAAGGUUCCCUAUGCACAGAAGAGCAGUCAGAAGUCUGGUUGACUGCAGUAAAGCAAGAUGACUUCUGCAUGUACAGAGACAUUGUAUUCAGACUAUGGAAAUAGCAAAUAAAGUUUUGAAGCAAGUUA